AUGCUCCCCCUCACUAGGCUAGUACUAGUACAGAUUCACUAUAUCAGCUUUGCUGGUUCUGGCAAGACGGAGACGCUCGCCAUUACGUCUAUGCUGCUACUAGCUAACCCAAACAUCUAUGCACUGAGUGCUGUGGAUCAUCCGACUGCUAUAGUCGGCGACGAUUCGCCAUCAGAUGAAGGCGAGGACAGCGACGAAAGUGACAGCAGCGGUGAAGGGAAGCAGAGCCCUAGCGCCCUCCUUCAGCAACUAUUAACAGAAGUGGUACUAAUAGCGUAUGUGGUAUGCACGAUGCCGCACGCAUCAGGCGCUAACCUGUAUAAGCGCUUUAAGACCAACUAUGCUAGAGUGGUUGUCCUCGAUGAGGCAGGCGCCAUGCACCGCGCCGAUACGCUCCUCGUUUAA